GGGGCGUGUCGGUGUCGCUGCCGGUGCCGGUGUCCGGCGGCCAUGGCGCGGGUGCUGGUGGUGGGCGCGGGGCUGACGGGCGCGGCGGGCGCGGCGCUGCUGAGCGGGGCCCCGCGGGGACGAGUGUCCAUCUGGGACAAGGCGCGGGGCGCAGGGGGCCGCAUGAGCACGACCCGCGCCGACCGCGGCAGCGCCGACCUGGGCGCGCAGUUCGUCACCUGCGAGCCGGAGAUGGCGGGGCCGCGGCUCAGCUUCUACGAGGAGCUUGUCACUCAGGGCAUCCUGAUGCCACUGACCGCUCCCGUGGAAGGAAUGGUGGUGAGAGACGGCUCCCGCAAUUACGUGGCACCCCAGGGCAUCUCCUCGGUUGUCAAGUACUUUUUACAGCAGUCAGGUGCAGACGUGUCCUAUGAGCAGCACGUAACUCACAUCUCCCUGCGGGAUGGGAGGUGGGAAGUCUCCAGGAAAGCUGGGCCCCCGGAGCAGUUUGAUGUGGUAAUUCUCACCAUGCCUGUCCCACAGAUUCUCCAGCUGCAGGGGGACAUUGUGAACAUAAUUAAUGAAAGUCAAAAGCAGCAACUGGAAUCUGUGAGCUACUCAUCCCGCUACGCCCUGGGACUGUUUUAUGAGGCUGGGACAGGGAUUGCUGUCCCCUGGGCUGCUCAGUACAUCACUGAUAAUCCCUGCAUUCGCUUCAUCUCCAUCGAUAACAAGAAGCGCAAUAUAGAGUCUCCUGAAGUUGGGCCCUCAGUCGUGGUGCACACGACUGUGACCUUUGGCAGCGAGCACCUGGACUCAGAGCCUGCAGAGGUGCAGCAGAUCAUCCUCAGCCACCUGCAGAGGAUUGUGCCCUCCCUGCCCAAACCAAGCAGCAUCAAGUGCCAGAGGUGGAGAUACUCCCAGAGUCACUUUAUAUGGAAUUACUGGGGCUGGAAAACACCUCCAAGAUCAUCAACCUUUGACCAGAUACCAGGAGGGGUAGGAGCUGUUUGGUACAACCAGCAUCAAAUAAACACUGGGUAGCCAAGAAGAAAGGACACUCAAAAAAGACUUUUCCAGCUAAAUCUUUUGGCAUUGUUUGUACUCAGCUGGAUCUGUGAGAAAAAUUCAGUAAUAAAUUAAGUACUGACUUGAAACUGGUCUGAGGGAGAAUCUGUCUCUGGAUUUGCCAUACCUGGAUAGACUCCUCUGUUAAGCUGAAUAAAGGGUAAGGGGUUACAGCUGGUUAUUUCAGCAAGUUUCCUCCUUUGGAGAGAUGCUAACACCCAGUAGCAGAGAAUGCAGCCAGCAACAUAAAUGUGGAUUUUGCAGCUCAUCCCCA